UAAAGGAAUAAUCGAUAAAAUUUCACCUCUCUUAGCUAAGAAGAAAAAAAAUACUCCUAAUACCGAUGGCAUGGAUGAAAUUACUGACGGUAUGGCAGGAUUAUCAAUAAAUAAGGCUAUAGUCAAAGGUAUUUCACAGGGAAUACAAGCAGUACACGCUAUUUAA